GGGGAAUGGCUUCCCACUACCAGAGGGCAGGGUUAGAUGGGAUAUUGGGAAUAUUGGAUAUUGCUGACCCCCAGCACAGCUGCCCUCCCUGGCAAGGGUGCAGCCCACUGCCAGCCCGUGCCCUGCACCCAAAGGCUCUCCCACUGCUCCUUAUGCUUGGGGACUGGUUCUCCCUGUGAUCUAGCCCAGGGGACUGACGCACCCACCAUGUCCCUGGCAUAGGUGCCAGUUUCUCCCGCAGGGCUGGCAGCAUCCCUGACUUCGCAGGAAGUGGCCUCAUCCCUCGAGGGGCUGGUGCGUGUCACCGGCUGUGCCCUGUCCCAGUCAAAACAGGGUCUUGUCCAUGGCCGGGGAGCCGAUAACGGCGGGGCUGAAGUCCAAAGCAGGCAGGUCCUGGGGAGCAGAUUCCAGCCCGGGGCUCACGGUGUGGCCUCUCCGAACUCCAUUUUACUGUCGCAGAGGCAGGGAUGGCUGCAGGCGGGCAGCCAAGACCCUCCUCCCCUGCGGGUCAGUGAUCAUCAACAGCUGCAGCAGCGCAGCUGAGCAGCUCUGCGACUUUGUCUGCGACUGCAGUGACUGCUCCGACGAGAACCAGUGUGGGUACCUGCGAGGCUCAGCAGUGCUGGGCACCCCCUUCACUUGUGACUUUGAGGAUGGUGACUGUGGCUGGCAGGACGUGGGCACCUCAACAUACAGAUGGGUGCGGGGCCGGGCCAGCCUGGCCACGUGGGGCACAGGGCCUCACUCAGACCACACCAUGGGCACCGACCUGGGCUCGUUCUUGGUGACUGUGUCCCCCCCUACAAAGACUGUGGCCACAGCCUGGCUCAGGUCACCAGAGAUGCAGGAAGCAGCUGCCACAUGUGAGAUCAGAGCCUGGUACCACCUCUCAGGAAGCUGUGAGGGCACCCAAGGGCUCAAUGAGAUGGAGCAGCCGGUGCUGCGCCUGGACGUGGCAUACAGGGACGAGGUGGUGGGGCUGUGGCAGAGCCCUGAGCACAGCAGCAAGGGCUGGCACCAGCUGGUUGCCUACCUGGGCCGGAUCGCGGGGCAGUUCCAGCUUAUCUUCUCUCUGACACAACCACCCGCCUGCGGGGCAGAGGUGGCACUCGAUGACAUCAUCUUCAGGAACUGUGGCUUGCCAGGGCCCGGGCAGCAGGACUGCGGGGCCGAGGAGAUCCGCUGCAGCCGCGGCUCCUGCGUGGCACAGCACCGCCUCUGCGACGGCACCGACGACUGCGGGGACGGCUCGGACGAGGACACGACAAGCUGCAGUGAGCAGCCCUGGCCCCGGGAGGGGGUCCUGCCCACCAGCUCCCUGACCACACGGAUGGACUGUGAGUCCUUCACCAACUGCUCCUUUGAGCAUGAUCUCUGCGACUGGGAGGCAGAGCCUGGGUCACCAUCGUGGGACAGGAACACAAGCCUGAACCUGGGCACCUUGUAUGGCUUCCCCACCCGGGACCACAGCACCAACAGCAGGGCUGGGUUUUUCCUCCACGUGGACAGUGCCCCCAACACGGGGGCCAGCGGCACAGCUCAGCUCAGCAGCCCCACUUUCCAGGCCACUAAUUCCUGCUCUCUCGUGCUAUACUGCCACCUCCACGGCUCGGCCAGCAGUAACCUCAGCAUCUUCUAUGUGACCAACUCCAUCAAGCAGCUGGUGAGGGAGAGGACAGGGGACAUGGGCAGCUGCUGGGUCCGAGAGAGAGUGGACUUCAAUGUGACAGAGGCCUUCAAGGUGCUGAUCGAGGGGGUGGCUGGCAGCGGGGGCACUGUGGCCAUCGAUGACCUGAUCCUGUCACCGGGCUGUGUGAAGGAGCAGGGGCAGUCUCCAGUCACGCUGCUGAGCCAGGGAGGUGCCAGUCCCUGUGCAGCAGGGGAGGUGGCCUGUGACAGCGGGGGCUGCAUCGCUGCAGAGCUGGUCUGUGACUUCAACGAUACGUGCACCGACGGCUCCGAUGAGAAGCACUGCGGGGCAACAACCUUCGAGUCAGGGGCUGGGGGCUGGCACGAUGUCAGUGUGGGGCACCUGCGCUGGGGUCUGCAGAGGCUCACUGAGCACAACACCUUCCUCACAGGGUCUUUCCUGGCCCUCCAGGAAGGAGAAGGACAGAUGGUGGGUGCUGCAAAGGCACGAACUCCUCUGCUGGGCCCCUCUGGCCCCACCUGCACCAUGGAGAUGAGCUACUGCAUCCAGAGUGGCCCCCAAGGCUUCCUUGCUGUCCGCAUCCUGGAUCACACCACUGGCACCACCCAGCUGGCCUGGCUCACGCAGGGUCGUGGCGACACAGCCGGGGAACGUGUCCGUGUCCCCCUGGGAGAGAGGAGCCGGCCAUUCCAGGUCGAGCUGCUGGCGCUGGUGGAUCUGCAGGAUUCGGCAAGUGUUGGCGUUGACAACGUGACGUUCGAGCAGUGCUACCUCGGUGUGGUGGCACCCACAGCUGCAGAGCUGACCUGCAGCUUUGAGAGGGACAUGUGCGGCUGGUACCAGGAUCAAUCUAGUGACUUCAAAUGGGUCCGCAGCAUGGGGCAGGGACAGGGCUCUGACCACACCACCGGCUCAGGCUACUUCUUGUCUGUGGACCCCUCUGCGCUGUGGAGCCGCGGGCAACGGGCACAGCUCAUCACAUCCCGCCAAGACCCUGCUGCUGCCCCACGCUGUCUCUCCUUCUGGUACCUCCUGGCUGGCCCACAGAUUGGCACCCUGAACCUCAAACUGCAGCCAGAGGGAGAGGAGGAGACAGUGCUGUGGACCUGCCGGGGGACCCAGGGCAGCAUCUGGCACCGGGCAUGGGCAACAUUGCCCGCCACGGGCCAAAAGCCAUACAGGGUGGCCUUUGAGGUGCUGCGGGAUGGGUUCCUGGGGGACGUGGGGCUGGACGACCUGGCGCUGACACCGGGACCCUGUGGGGCCGAGCUCUCCUGCUCCUUUGAGGCAGAGGGCUGUGGACUGGCAGCCAGCGGGCAGGGCACCUGGCAGCGACAGAGCAACGGCACCGGCACCACUGCCGGCCCCGCAGCCGAUCACACCACCGGCACCGCCACAGGUCAUUACAUGGUGGUGAGCAUGGGCAGGGACUCCCUGCCUACAGGGCACAGGGCUGUCCUCACCUCCCAGCCCUACCAGCCCUCUGUGCCCGUCCAGUGCCUGGCCUUCUGGUACCAGCUGAGCGCCGGGACCCCAGGCUCCCUUGAGGUGUUUGUGGAGCAGAGCGGGGUGCGGAGGAAGGUGCUGAGUGUGAGCACCAUGGAGGGGAGUCGCUGGCACCGCGGCCACGGCACCGUCCAGCCUGAUGGGGACUGGCAGGUGGUGUUCGAGGCAGUGGGAGCUGGGGGUGACCAUGGGUACAUUGCGCUGGACGACCUGCACGUGUCGGACGCAGCCUGCCCUGAGCCAGCAUCCUGUGACUUCGAGCAGGACAUGUGUGGCUGGAGCAGCCCCUCGGACCCCCACCUGCACAGCUUUGCCUGGGGCUGGAAGAGCGGGGUCCCCCUAGCCAAGUACCCCGGCCCUGAGCAGGAUCACACCCUGGGCACAAGGAAUGGUCACUAUGUGCACUUCGACACCAGUGUGCUGGGUGCAGGGGGCACCAGUGCCCUGCUGGAGAGCCAGCCCCUGCCUGCUGCCACUGACUCCUGCCUGCGGUUCUGGUACCACAUGGACAUCCCAGAGCACCUCUCCAGUGGGGAGCUGCGGGUGAUGCUGCACAGCACAGCAGGGCAGCGCACGGUGUGGAGUGUGGAGGGACACCACAGCCGGGGCUGGCAGGGCAGCAUGGUGCCUGUGCAGAGCCCCAGCGAGUUCCAGAUCAUCUUUGAGAUCACCACACGGAGGUGGCCGUUGGAGGGGACAGUGGCACUGGAUGAUAUUGUGUACAGUGCUGGGGUGGGCUGCCAUUCUACCCCGGAGGAGCCAGUGGAAGAGAAACCCUCAGGCAGCUUCGUGGCAGAGGUGGUGCUGGGUCUGCUCCUGGCCCUCAUCAUUGUUACGCUGGUGGCUACUGGGGGCUGGUACUGGCUGAAGCAGCAAGGGCUGGCAAGCAGGACACCAGCGGAGACUGACACUCCCCAGGGCUUUGACAACAUCACCUUUCGAGAUGACAAGGUCAUUAUAUCUCCAGUGCCAAGGGAGGGGGAUGAGGCUUGAAAUUAUCAGCCAGCAGCAGAAAUUGCCCACUCCCACCAGGCAAACCAUUCCUCAGCCAGAUCCCACACUCCAGCAGCCGCCGGCUCUCUGCCCCCAGCACCAGGGAGCUGCCGUGGCACCACCUGGGCUGCCGGCCCCGCAGAGGCACACUGCUGCCACUACCUCCAAGUGCUCGGGAAAAGCAUUUUUGUUGUUUGUAACAUGAUCUUCCAAGACAGAGCAAUGUGCCUGUGCUUUGGCAGGCGCUGGCAGCAGUUCUUCCAGCGACCGUCCUUGUCCAAGCAGGGGGUGAAGUGUGGGGUCCUGGUCCCCAGAGCUGGAAAGAGCAGCAGAUGCUGCAUGGGGCAUGAGCCACUUUCCACACCCAGGAUGAAGCACAAGAGCUUCCAGGGCAGAGUCCCCACGAGCAGGAAGCCCAGUAUUUCUGCUGGUUUUGGGGAGGGGGGCUCUGAGGAGGGUG